AUGGCGGACGACGAAGACGUUUGCCGGGUCAUGUCGUCUGAAAAUUUUGACGAAGUUUUAAGUCUUGUCUGGGGAGCAAACAUAAAAGAGGAGAUAUUCGAAAGGUGGUCUCAAGGUUUUCUCUUUUCUACAUUGGAACCAAGUGCUCUUAUUCAGGAACAAGGAGGACCUUGUGCUAUCAUAGCAUCUGUCCAGGCUUUCAUUUUAAAGAAUAUCCUUUUUGUAGAAGAAACACCAGCCCCUGAUAACUGGAGACAACUCACAGAUGAGCAAGCAAGGCAAUUACUUGUUUGCUCUCUUUGUGAGAUGCUUAACAAUGUCAAAACUGAGAAAUUUACCCUGGUGUUUCUCAGGGAUCACCUGGUGUUCACAUCGUGUAUGACAGCUGAAAAGACAGACACAGAAAGUGAGGAGCGUGCUUCAUCUAACAGUCCGGUCAGGUUCAAUGCCAUGCUUCAGAGGAUGUCGCACAAGUUGUUAAUAAAAACAUAGCCAUGCUAGAAGGUCGCUUUGGAGUGCUACUAUUUCUAUAUUCAGUGUUACUGACAAAGGGUUUAGAAAAUAUCAAGUCCGAAAUGGAAGAUGUGGGUGAACCGCUGGUGGAUGAGAGUUUUGGUCAUGGAAGUCAAACCCUCAUCAACCUUAUGCUGGCUGGCUAUAGAGUAUCAAAUGUGUGGGAUUCUUCAAGAACACUUUCAGGCCUGGAAUUAAGAGGUAUUCCUAAGCAGUCUUCAAUAGGAUUUUUAACACUUUUAGAAGCUCAUCGAUACUGUGAGGUUGGGAACUUUUUGAAAUCUCCAAUGUAUCCAAUAUGGCUUCUUGCUAGUGAAACUCAUCUUACAGUUUUUUUCUCUCAGGAAAGAAGUCUAACUGGCUCAGAAAGUGAAAGAGAAAAAGGGCUGAGAGUUUUUAAAUCUCAUGACCAGCAAGACAAUGGUUUCAUAACAAGUGAUCAACUUGGAAGUGUCCUAGAGGAUCUUGAUCUUGUUUCUGAUCCUGAAUAUGUAUCCUUUAUGAAAGAACGCCUUGACCAAGAUUCUAUUGGGAUCAUUCUUCUGCAGAAUUUCCUGGCAGAGUUUUUCCCUGGAGAGGAUUUACUAGCAGAUGAUGUUAAGCCAUUUAAAGCUUUUCACUACAAUGGACUUGGAUUAAGAGAGGAAGAUGGCACUAAAAAGGUUAUAUACACAGAAGGACUUGCUUCCAUUGAGCCAUCAGACUUCAGCCGUAUAGCAGAACAACAGAUUGUUUCUUGUCUAAAGACCAAGUGGCCAGGAGUAUGGCUGGAGUGGGAAGGGAAACAUGUGCCAUCAUUAAAUUGAAAAAAAUGGCAGUUCACCACUUGAGAUCUAUCCAUCAUAUUAAUGACUUUUUUAUGAAUGGUGUAAUAUCCUCCUUGCUUCUCUUUGAGAAAGCAAUGAAUCAUGGGUUAUAUAGUCAGUCUUCAUUUUAGGAGACCUGUUGGGUUGACUUACCAAGCAAUCAACAUGCUGUUUUAAUGAUGCUUUGGUUGGCAACACUUAAGCUCUCCUUGGUUGAAGCUCUAUUUUCCUUUGCAAGCUGUUACAGCUUAGCAAAUUUGUGAGCUUGGUGGAGAUAAAAAUAUUUGUGUUUGCAUUGCAACAGAUGUUAGGCUGUAAAAUGAUGUGAACCGUGAAUCUUUGAAAGUUAUUGAAUUACUGAAACAGACAAUCUACUCUUACUACAUUUGUUCUAAAACAGGAGUAAAAGAAUAUUCAGGAAAGUGAAUUUUACCCUUGGAUUAUCCUGGACAAGUGAUUUAAAUUCACUUUCAAUCUGGUAUUUUUGUUGUGAAAUUUAAAGAUUUAUUGAUGGAAAAUAUCUGGAAAAAGUAUCUAUUAUUAUUUAAUUGGUUAUGUCUUGUUAUUAUUGGCAUGUGUAAAAUGUGAAUUAUUUUUAUCACGUUAUUGUACACUUCUCAGAGCAUUGCAUAAAUAAACAAACAAAAAUCUUCUAA